UUACUUUACUUUUCUAGAGAAGUUUCAAAAAAUUUCAAGGAUGAAUAAAGUUAGAAAAGUGACGGCAGAGAAGAAAAAUCUUAGGACCACAUCGCCCCAGCUGGCCAGCUUAUAUAUCCAUCCCAGAAACUUCCCCCUACACACUUGACUUUUUUUUCCCCUUCCUUUCAACCAAACACAGAAAACUGUGUGUUGUGAGGCCAAAUCCAUAUCAAGAUCAAAAUGAUGCAAACGGAGCAUCUUCCCCACACACACUCUUCUCCCAGCUUCAGCAGCUACUCCUCUUCUGAGACCUUCGCUCAAAUUGCCGCCAGAGUCAUCCAAGAACUUCAACAAGACCCUCUCUACGCCAACGACCUCCUUUUUCCCUCCUCAUGGCCCCAAAACGACUUCCAACAUGACCAAAACGACAACGACGACGAUGACAACAACGAAGACGACGACGAAUUCGAAUUCUCCCUCGUUUCCAGAGAUAUUGCCUCCUCCCCCGUCUCCGCCGACGACAUUUUCCACAACGGCCACAUCACUCCAAGCUACCCACUCUUCGGCCGACACGUCCUCCUCAACGGCGUCUUCUCGGAUUCUCCGCUUCCCGCCAGUGAAACGACUCCGGCACCGGCACCGGCACGGCGACGUUUGCCUCUGAGGGCUCUGAUGUUGGAGGAGCACGAAAACAACAGCAAAAACGAACUGGAAGGUGUGGCGGAGGGAAGCUACUGUGUGUGGAACCCAAAGAGCUGCAAGAAGAGCAGCUCUGCCGGUUCUGGUUCUUCGAGGAGAUGGAAGCUUCGAGAUUUGUUACUCAGAAGCCAUAGCGAUGGCAAGGAACCGAUUCUGUUUAUUAAUAACAGCAAGGCCGUGCUGCCAAAUCAAAAUGGCUCGGCCGCCGUGAAGGAUGGUGGAGAGAGGUCUAAGAGGAGGUUGUUCUUGCCUUACCGCCAAGAGAUUCUGGGGCUUUUUGGGAAUAAUAAUAAUAAUAAUAGUGGAGUUGGUAGAGAUUCGCAACCUUCUUCAAAUCCCAACUAGGUUCCUACUUUUUCUUUCUUCUUUUUGGUUUGGGGUCCUCAAAAUUAUACUUGUUGGUUCUCCCUCUUUUCUUUUCUGCCUUGUUGAAUUCCAAGUCCACUGCCUUUCUUCUUUAUUAUUAGGGCUCUUUUGAUUUUGUUUCAUUUGUUUGUUAAGUUAAUCUCUAAUAUAGUUAUGAAUAUAUAGUACUAGUUUUGUUAACGUGAUAAUAAGAUUCACCGUAUAUACAAACUAGCGGUCUGCGUAAUAUAUUGUGACGAGAGAAGUGUAUAUUCUAUGAUUUAAUAUUUUUCCAUUAA